ACAGUGUGGUGGGAGGUAGUGUGUACUAGCCCCCUGGAGUUCUUGGAUUGCGAAGAUCUAAUAGAUCAUAAAGGCAAUGAAACCGCCAAAGCAGAGCUAGGUCGGGGUUGUGUUAAGUUUGGUGGUUAUAGGUACGAAGAUGUCGAAAAAACAGUGUUGAAAUGUACUGUUCUUCCAUCAAUUGAGUGUUAUGGACCAAAAGAAAUAUACAGAGAUGGCUUUCCUUGUAUAACGUACAGUGGUCAUUAUUUUGCAACUACCUUGAUCUACAGCAUCCUCUUGGGGUUUUUGGGAAUGGAUAGGUUUUGUCUUGGUCAGACUGGAACAGCAGUUGGAAAGUUGCUGACACUUGGAGGUGUUGGAAUAUGGUGGAUUGUAGAUAUAAUUCUUUUAGUCACUAAUCAACUUCAACCAGAAGAUGGAAGUAAUUGGAAUCCAUAUGUUUAACCACUUCAAGUGCAUUUCUUUAGCUGCUGUGUCAUCUAUACAUUAACAUUACGUAACACAUUUUGAAUGCCACCAAAAUAUAUUUUAUUUUCCAAAUCUAAUAACAUGUACAGUAACCUGUGAUAAAUGAUACAGCACAAAUAUAUUUAUUUGGACUGAUGUACAGGUAUCUUUAACUGUAUAUACGAAGAAAUAAACUGUACUUUCAAGAUGGAGUACAUAAAAACUAUGUAAAUGCUUAUAC